AUCCGAUCACAGAACCUCUCUGUGAUUCACAAUGUCUACCGCCACAUCCAGCUCUUGGGGUACUGCGCUCGUUAAUAUCUCUCCUUACACCUUCUCCGCCAUCGGCAUCGCCGUCUCCAUCGGUGUCUCAGUUCUCGGUGCUGCUUGGGGGAUUUACAUAACUGGUAGCAGCUUGAUCGGUGCUGCAAUCAAGGCUCCCCGAAUCACUUCCAAGAAUCUCAUUAGUGUAAUCUUCUGUGAAGCUGUUGCUAUUUAUGGUGUUAUUGUGGCCAUCAUUCUACAAACAAAAUUAGAAAGCGUUCCUUCAUCACAGAUCUAUGCAGCCGAGUCUCUUAGGGCUGGAUAUGCAAUCUUUGCUUCUGGACUUAUUGUUGGCUUCGCAAAUCUUGUUUGUGGAUUGUGUGUAGGAAUAAUUGGAAGCAGUUGUGCGUUGUCUGAUGCUCAAAACUCCUCUCUCUUUGUGAAGAUUCUUGUGAUUGAAAUUUUUGGUAGUGCUCUUGGGCUAUUUGGAGUUAUUGUUGGAAUCAUCAUGUCAGCUCAAGCAACAUGGCCAACAAAGGUUUAAUUUGCUUUCAUAUAAGAGAGUGGGAAUACAAUUAUGGUGGAGCACAAUAUUUUCUCUGUACUGCCAAGUGAUUGAAGAAGUCUUAUCUAUUUACCUUUGUUGGUAUGAAUGUAAAAUCCCGCGUAGUAGCGUUGCCUCCAUUUUAGGUUGUACCAUUUACCAAUAAGUAGUUAGAAUGAAAUGUGUAUCAUCAUCAAAGACAUCAAGCUGUUGGUUGGAUUUCAAUAUUUUUUGGAGGACUAAUUUUGAAGUGUUUACUCAUUUAAUAAAAAAGAUGUGAAGUUAUUUGGGCA